AUGGAGUUUGGAGUAUUAAACCUAUUCAGGAGUUAUCUUAGUGUACUCAUGAUUAUCGUCACUCUACCAGAUCCAUCUAAUGAUUUCAAUGAGUGUUUAAGUAACUCUUUUCGGGGUUGUGACGUAAACGCGAACUGCCACAACACUUUUGGCUCUUACGGCUGCUCUUGCAAAACUGGAUUUGUUGGAGACGGGAAAUCAUGUACAGAUAUUGACGAGUGUAGUUCUUCAAAUGGAUGUGAUGUCAAUGCCGAUUGCCAUAAUAACCAGGGCUCGUAUAGUUGUUCCUGCAAAUCUGGAUUUAUUGGUAAUGGAAAAUCUUGCCAAAGGGCUAGAAACUGCGGGGAGCUUUAUAACACUGGAGCCAGAAGCAAUGGCGUUUAUAUAAUUGACCCUGAUGGCUCAGGUGACUUUAAUGUUUACUGUGACCACACAACCUCUGGCGGGGGUUGGACUGUGUUCCAGAAGAGACUGGACGGCUCUGUUGACUUCUUUCGCACCUGGUACCAUUACAAACACGGCUUUGGAUACACAACAAGCGAGUUUUGGCUCGGACUGGGCAAAAUACACCGCCUGACUAGUAGCGGGGUCUAUGAACUUCGCAUAGAUUUGGAGGAUUUUGAUGGGAAUGCUGUUUACGCUGAGUACACCACGUUCAAAGUUGAGAGCGAAGGAUCUGAUUACACUUUAAGAAUCGGAAGCUAUUCAGGAACUGCCGGAGACUCGCUUUCUUAUCACGAUGGUUACCCAUUUACAACAAAAGACCGAGACAAUGAUUCACAGGAGAAAGUUAACUGUGGCGAGGUUUGUAAAGGAGGGUGGUGGUACAAAGCGUGUUGGAAGAGCAAUCUAAAUAGUUACUAUCACCGAAGAAACUACCAAGCACAAAACGAUUGGUACAAUGGCGUUGGCUGGGCCCACUGGAAAGGACAUGAUUACUCACUUAAAAGAACUGAAAUGAAGAUACGACCAGUAAGCUUUUAG